AUGACCAGACGAAACGUCAUUCCCCUCCUUGCCGUGUUCGUCGUCCUUUCCAUAACUGCAUUCUUUUACUCCGACAUACGCACCAGCGAGACGUGGAGGAGUUUUCCCCAACAUGUGGGCUUGGGAGAACACAUUGGCAGCAAUGCGCAACCGCACAGCGCGGACCCAUUGGGCGACCCCGACUACACGAAUUGGAAUCCGAAACCCGUGUUCAAACCAGGCUCGCCAAUGCCUCCGGGGCAUAACUACACAUCGACACUGAUAAUCGCAAAGACGAAGAAAGAGGACAUCGGUUGGUUACUGGAAAAGGUACCGGAGCAAGACAGAGCCGUCUAUGUCGCGGACGAUCCAACUGCGCCGUUGCACCCCACAAAGAACAAGGGCCACGAAGUCAUGAUCUACCUAUCGUGGAUUAUUGACAACUACGACAACCUUCCUGAUGUCGCCAUUUUCAUGCAUGCGCAUCAAUUAUCAUGGCAUAAUGACGUGCUCCUGGGUAACGACGCACACGAAAUGAUCACUCGUCUGAGUCGGCCACGCGUUUGGAGAGAAGGUUUUGUGAACAUGAAGUGCACUUGGCUCCCAGGCUGCCCGGAUUGGAUGCACCCAGGCAUGACGGAACAGAGCAAAAACAAGCCGGAAGAGGUUCUUCUUGCAAAGUCCUGGAGCGAGCUUUUCCCUCUCGAUGAAAUCCCUAGUGUGCUGGCGCAACCUUGUUGCGCCCAAUUUGCCCUCUCGCGAGAACGGAUACAAGCAAAGCCCUUGGCGCAAUACGUCUGGUAUCGUGACUGGGUAUUCAACACACAAUUACCGGACUACCUUAGCGGGCGCAUCUUUGAGUACAUCUGGCAAUUCAUCUUCACGGGCCAAAACAUCUACUGUCCAAAGGAACAUGUCUGUUUCUGCGACCAAUACGGCGUCUGUUUUGGUGGUGAGGAAGAAUACGACAAUUUCAAGGCUCUUGAGGCCGAAUUGAGCGACAACCGAGGGAAGCUCCUGAACUGGUAUCAAAGAACAGCGUAUAUCGCAGAGGCGAAGAAACAAGGCAAUAUGCAAAUGCUAAGGGAAAUCGAGACACCUGAGCCAGGCAAGGACGAGGAGUAUAGGAGGGAGAUUGACCGCUUGAAGCCGAUGGUCGAUCAGUUAAAACAUGAUGCCUAUGCUCGAGGCGAUGACCCGCGGAAUCGCGCGUUGGAGGUGGGAAGGGAGUGGAAAGAGGGUGAUGGUUUUUAA